AAUAAACUCCACAAACUUCUCACUUUUGGCGACUUUAAACCGCUUUUUCUUCACAAACGCCGGGUUAUUUCCAAAAGCGAGUCAAAGAAGAGGCUAAACAUGGUGCUGAAGUCUGAAGACGGGGUCGUCCCCGAUGACCUGAGUCCAGAGGAGAAGAAAGAGCUGGAGACGAUUCGCCGCCGAAAAGAAGAGCUGCUCCAAGACAUCCAGAGGCUGAAGGAUGAGAUCGCAGAGGUGACCAGCGAGAUAGAAAACCUGGGGCAGUCUGAAGAACGGAAGAGCAUGCAGAGGAGCAAACAGAUGGCCGUGGGACGCAAGAAGUUCAACAUGGAUCCCAAGAAGGGGAUCCGUUUCUUGAUCGACAGCGGCCUGUUGAAAAACACCAGUGAUGACAUCGCUCGAUUUCUGUACAAAGGGGAGGGGCUAAACAAGACCGCCAUCGGGGACUAUCUGGGAGAGAGAGAGGAGUUGAACCUCCGUGUGCUUCAGUCGUUCGUUUCUCUUCAUGAGUUCUCAGACUUACACCUGGUCCAGGCUCUGAGGCAGUUCCUCUGGAGCUUCAGACUCCCCGGAGAAGCUCAGAAGAUCGACCGCAUGAUGGAGGCGUUCGCCGGGAGAUACUGCAGCUGUAACCCGGGGGUGUUCCAGAGCACGGACACGUGUUACGUCCUCUCCUUCGCCGUCAUCAUGCUCAACACCAGUUUACACAACCCCAACGUCAAAGACAAACCCUCAGUGCAACGAUUCACCGCCAUGAACCGCGGCAUCAACGACGGAGGAGACCUGCCCGACGACCUGCUGAGGAAUCUUUACGAAAGCAUCAAGAACGAGCCGUUUAAAAUCCCCGAGGACGACGGGAACGACCUGACGCACACGUUCUUCAACCCCGACCGCGAGGGCUGGCUCCUCAAACUCGGAGGGAGAGUGAAAACCUGGAAAAGACGCUGGUUCAUCCUCACGGACAACUGUCUCUACUACUUUGAAUACACAACUGACAAAGAGCCGAGAGGAAUCAUCCCCCUGGAAAAUCUGAGCAUCAGAGAAGUGGAGGACGGAAAGAAGCCGAACUGUUUCGAGCUGUUCAUCCCGGAGCACAGGGACCAGGUGAUAAAGGCGUGUAAGACGGAAGCCGACGGACGAGUGGUGGAGGGAAACCACACCUUCUACAGGAUCUCUGCUCCAACCAGAGAAGAGAAGGAGCGAUGGAUCGACUGCAUCAAAGCCGCCAUCAGCAAAGACCCGUUCUACGAGAUGCUCGCCGCUCGAAAGAAGAAAGUGUCCGCCCACAAAGGACCGUAGACCGCCCCCGCCGUUUGACGAUGACGCGCGGAACUCUGAUGGAAUCGCCGUGGUUACAGCUUCACGUUUCAGGAGCUUCUGGGACUCGAACACUUCAAACUGUUAAAGGUCCAUUAUGUAACCUUUCUUUCGUCUCCAUGGAGAUGUUACCGCUUUGUCUGAGCAGGUCACGCUACUGAGCCAGAUCUGCGGAGAGGCCACCCCUCCGUCCACUCACAGCAAGAGGUUUUAUUUUUAUUUUUAAAGGCAAUAAACAAACGUAAAGAUUAAAUAAGUGUAAAAAGAUGCCGAAUGCCGCACUGUGGGACAUUACAGGCAGCGCAGUGACAUCUCCAUGGUAACCAGCACAAAAAAGUUCCAUAGUGCACCUUUGUAAAACGGC